UUCCGUCCCUGUCUGUCCCGUCUAUGGUCGAGGCGACGGACAAGGAGGGAAACCACACACUUGUGUGCUUUCCGUCCCUGUCUGUCCCGUCUAUGGCCGGGGCGACGGACAAGGAGGGAAACCACACACUUGUGUGCUUUCCGUCUUUGUUCGUCCCGUCUAUGGUCGGGGCGACGAACAAGGAGGGAAACCACGCAUUUGUGUGCUUUCCGUCCCUGUUCGUCCCGUCUAUGACCGGGACGACGGACAAGGAGGGAAUUCCGAAUUCCGUCCCUGUUCGUCCCGUCUAUGACCGGGACGACGGACAAGGAGGGAAUUCCGAAUUCCGUCCCUGUUCGUCCCGUCUAUGACCGGGACGACGGACAAG